AUGGGGGAGCGAGUGAGUGACAGCUGGAAGUAUCUGCAGCCCGGCCAUGUUCUCCCAGAUCUGGGCAGUGCGGUGUGGGGUCUCAGCGGGACGCAUCUGAGCACGCAGGCCCAGCAGCAGCCCGAGGAGGACUGCAUGCAGCUGAACCCCUCCUUCAAGGGCAUCGCCUUCAACUCCCUGCUGGCCAUCGACAUCUGCAUGUCCAAGCGGCUGGGGGUGUGCGCCGGCCGGGCCACGUCCUGGGCCAGUGCCCGCUCCAUGAUCAAGCUCAUUGGCAUCACGGGCCACGGCAUCCCCUGGAUCGGGGGCACCAUCCUCUGCCUGGUGAAGAGCAGCACGCUGGCCGGCCAGGAGGUGCUCAUGAACCUGCUUCUGGCCCUGCUCCUGGACAUCAUGACGGUGGCCGGCAUGCAGAAGCUCAUCAAGCGGCGCGGCCCCUUCGAGACGAGCCCCAGCCUCCUGGACUACCUCACCAUGGACGUGUACGCCUUCCCCGCCGGGCACGCCAGCCGCGCGGCCAUGGUGUCCAAGUUCUUCCUCAGCCACCUGGUGCUGGCCGUGCCCCUGCGCGUCCUGCUGGUGCUCUGGGCCUUCUGCGUGGGGCUGUCCCGCGUGAUGAUCGGGCGGCACCACAUCACGGACGUCGUCUCGGGCUUCGUCCUGGGCUACCUCCAGUUCCGCCUGGUGGAGCUGGUCUGGAUGUCCUCCAACACCUGCCAGAUGCUCAUCUCCGCCUGGUGAGUGGCCGCAGGGACUGUGCGGCCCGGCUCCCGGCUGGAGCUGGCCACCUGCCCCUUUGCCAGGCCCCGCGUGGGGACAGCCCUGCUCGGCGUCUGCUCUGCAGGUCACAGGUGAGAACCAGGACGGCAGGAGCGGGACCGCGUCUUGUCUUGUCCUUUCAUCAUCAUGUACCUGUUGAGUUCCUGGCUGUGCCCACCGGGCCACACCGUACAAAACCUGGCAAAAUACCCCCGACCCGCCACCGACAGAGGUGCCAUUCACGGUCAUCGACAGCUUAGGGCCGCGCUCUCUGAAGGGUGCCCGGCUGGACACCAGCCUGGGAAGCAAAAGGGUUUUGUGGUCAAAUCCACGUGGGAAAUGCUGCAUCCUCUGCCCCCUGGUGGACGUUCACGGGGAGUGCGUGUGGUAAAGGCUCUGACAAGUCCUGCAGAGACGCUUCCUGUGGACCUUGUACCAUGUUUCCUAAGCUGAUGUGACCACAGAGCCCUUUUCUCCUGCGAGAGCUGUGAACCACAAGAAACCGCCGCUUCCUCGAGCUCGUGUGGAAGACGCUGCCCGGAGCUGAAGGACAGAGGUGUGAGCGGGCCUCUCCCAGCGCCGCCAGUACCACCGCCUGUGGGCGCCCACGGCCCGUGGGCAUCGGUGCCACUUUGGCCCCCAGGGGCCGGACCCGUGUGACCUAAUAGGUCGUUUCCAAGUCAACCGUUAUGUACGUGCGUUUCAUGUGACAAUACAGAUGCUAUUCAAGGGGA